AUGAGUCUAUUAGAUACGGCUCUGGAGAUCCAACAGAAUCCUGGCUUAAUGACUUACUUUGCCUUGACGUUGCUGCUAAUUCUGCCUAAUCCUGCGAGCCAUCCUCUGCCAAGUCAGUGUGAACUCUAUUAUGUCAACCGAGACACGCUCUUUUCUUAUCACAAAGAUAGUGAGAUGUUUCUACAGAGAAUGAUGGCGCUAUGUGUCUCUUCUCACUACAAGAAUUCUCCUAAUGAUCUUCAACUGCUGGCUGAUGCUCCUGCUCAUCAUUUGUUUGUGUUACUUGGUCCUGUUGAUGAGUCCCAAAACAAGCUUCCUGAUAUACUUUGUGUUGUCCAGUUUCGGGACAUUGAAUUUCCAAACCUUUCUGGUGCUCGGAUAGUACGCAUAGCAGUCCACCCUAAUGCCAUGAAGAUGGGAUAUGGUUCUGCUGCAGUUGAACUCUUAACUAGAUAUUUUGAGGGUCAGAUUGCUCCAAUCUCAGAAGCAGAUGAUAAAGUUGAUGUGGAGCAUUCACCCAUUAGAGUUACGGAGGCUGCUGAGAAGGUCUCCAUGCUGGAGGAGCAAGUAAAGUCUCAAGUCAGCGGGUCCGAUGAGUUGGGAUUCUUUGCUCCCUUCUAUACAGACUUCAGGAUGAGGUUCUCUAAGCUGCUGAGUGACAAAUUCAAGAAGAUGGACUAUACACUUGCAAUGAGUGUCUUAAACCCCAAGAUCAACUUCCAAGGAAAUUCGUCAGACGGAUUUUUUAAGACACUCGACGGUAUAUUUUCUCCAUUCGAUAUGGAGAGUCUCAAAGCAUAUACCAACAAUCUGAUCGACUUCAAUCUGGUUUAUGACAUCUUCAAAACACUGGCAUAUGUUCAGGCAUCUAUACUACUAUCCUUGGGAUUGCAGGAGUUGGAGUUCUCUAGCAUCGAGUUGGAGAGGGGACAUAUUCACUCUCUUCUCUUGAAAGUCACACAAGAGCUAUACAAAUAUCUGAACGGAAUUGCUUCAGAGGAGAUUGAACCAUCCUUGCCUAUCUUGAAAGAGAGUUGUCGACCUCACAGUGUAUCGGUUGAUGAUGAUCUCAGGGAAGGAGCUAAGCAAGUUGAGAACAUACGUAAGAGGAAGGAGAAGAUUAAAGGAUGGAUCGAUUCUGAGCUUCAGCAAUAUGUAAUUGGAGACAAGAAGCAGAAGCUCUGCAACAUUCAAAGAUCUCUUCAAGUGAUAGCCAUAAGCGUAUGGCUGGGAUUGUUCCUACCAUUGAGAAAGCACGGCUUUAUGGUGGAUGGAAAAGGUGGAGAACCUGCUUGA